GAAGUACAUUGAAUAAUGUUGCAGUUGGAAUGAAUAUUGCAGUGGUAGAUGGUAAGACUGGGAAAUUGAUCAAGACUGGUGCUUUUGAAACGCACAAUAUCAAUAAUGCACUGAAGUUCUUUGAAGACAUCGAAGAAAGUAUGCUUGUUUUAGUGGCUUCGUUUGAUAACAUGGGAACAGAAAUGAAUGAUGAACUUAAAGAACAGUUUACCAAGUUGGGAAGCAGCUACGUGAAGUCCAUAGGUUAUCGGGAUAACUGGAUUUUUAUUGGAUCAAAAGGGAUCAGUGGAAAAAGUCAGUUUGAAGAGUACAUCAAAAAUGCUAAAAAUACAAACCUGUAUGAAGACUGGCCGAAGACGUUGCUAUUGAAUGGCUGCAUACCUGCAAGUUAGAUAAGCAAAGAAACUAUUAUUAUUUAUUGUGUGCCCUUUCUUUAGUAGGUGAUUAUUAUGCUUGAUAAGAACAUAAAGCAAACAAAAUACAUCCAGCUUAUCUUACCUAAAAUGUCACUUCAUAGCACUCAGAUUUCCCUACAUGAAAGAUGGCAAAUGUAUAUGUUUUGUUUACGUAGCGGGUGGGGUGAAACACAUACAAAUGAAGGUAAUGUAACACAAAUUAUUUUUAAUCAAUUAAAUUCUCUGAGACCAAAUAAAAGCUACUCACUCCAGCUGUUAGACAAGCUUUCCUUUCGGGUCUGUGUGCUUUGUUUCUUGUAGGCAGUGGUGACUGGAUGUGUGUUCUUUUAGAUUUAAAAGAGACUCUGUUUCUUUUACAUUAACCAGAUACUAUUCAAAACUCACGGAAGUAAUCAAUACCGUGCUAUCUCUCUUUUAUACCAGGCAGUCUCGGGCAGUAACUGCAGCCGGGAUCACAUUAGCGUGUGAUUUAAUUAUAUAUUUAUUUACUUUUGAAACCCCUAUAG